GUGGGCGUGUGGUGCGGGGAAUCUCUCUCCCAGGCCUUGCCACCCUCUGAGACCUCUCGUGGAUGGGAAGCGUUUCUGACACGGCUCGCAGAGCCAGCGGGCAAAGCCCCCAGUGCCACCUCCUACCGAGAAAGGACCACCUUAAGGAUCCGGUUCGACAGAGUCCCCUGCUCUCCCUUUGCCUUGCCAGGAGGCAGUUUUCAUUCUAGCCAGGGACCACUAUUGAAAUCCGGCCAGAUUUUUACUGACCUUCUGUUCCUGUCUUUUUUUUUUUUUUUUUUUUUUUUUUUGGUGCUUUAAGACAGAUUAUAUUUCCCCCCCAGGCCUCGUGUCCGAUGGGGGGGCCGAGGCAACCCGGCCAAGCACGACCCGCUGGGGAGGAAUUCUCUCUCCCCUUUCACCCGACGGAAAUGUUCUUCGCCCCGGCUGAGCUGUACCCACAACAAUAAAUAAUUGUAUUUAAAAAAAUAAAAAGCCCAUCGGAGGAAGAUUCCAAUAUCCAUCCGUCCAUCCCUCCCGGAGACAGGAUUCUUUGCCCUCUUGUUCUCCUGGAUACCAGCGGCUGUUGGAGAAGUUAAAGAAGAAGCCAGGGUGGGGAGGUUAAAGAGGGUGUUCUCCCUCCUCCGGUGGGCAUCAAGUUUGGGCAAGUCUCCCAGGAUGUACCCACAAGGACGGCACCCUACUCCACUUCAGUCUGGGCAGCCCUUCAAGUUCUCGAUUUUGGAAAUCUGCGAUCGGAUUAAGGAAGAAUUCCAGUUCCUGCAGGCUCAGUAUCACAGCCUGAAGCUGGAAUGUGAGAAGCUGGCGAGCGAGAAGACUGAGAUGCAGAGACAUUAUGUCAUGUACUAUGAAAUGUCCUAUGGGCUGAACAUUGAAAUGCACAAGCAGGCUGAGAUCGUGAAGAGGCUGAGCGCCAUCUGUGCCCAGAUCAUACCGUUCCUGACGCAGGAGCACCAGCAGCAGGUGCUGCAAGCUGUGGAGAGGGCCAAGCAGGUGACCAUGGGGGAACUGAACAGCAUCAUUGGGCAGCAGCAGCUCCAGCACCUCUCCCAUCAUGCACCUCCCAUCCCGCUCACCCCACACCCCUCGGGCAUGCAGUCUUCCAGCCUGGCCAGCGCCUCGGGACUCCUGGCCCUGUCGGGGGCACUGGUGGCCCAGUCUCAGCUUGCCGCAAAGGAGGACAGGGGGGCUCAGGAUGCCGAGAAUAACAGAGAGCGCACGCCAAGCCGGAGCAUUUCUGCCUCCCCUCCAGAGAGCCUGCAGGGUGAGGAGCGGCCGGGUGGCACAGGGCUCAAGCGGAAACGGGAGGAGAAGGACACGCCAGGACAUUAUCAGGACAGCGACGGGGAUAAGAGUGAUUAUAACCUAGUAGUGGAUGAGGACCCGCCCUCUGAGCCCAGCAGCCCUGCCCACGCACCCAGCACUAAGCUCCCGCCCGCCCGCAGGGACAUGCCUGAAAGCCCAGCCUCCCUGGCCUCCAGCCGGAGCACAACGCCCCUCAAAUUGAAGGACCAGAGCCUGAAUGAUGCCUCAGCCAACACUCCCACCUCCAAGUCCUCCAGCUCCUCUCCUCCACGGGACUCCCUUACGCCUGGCCCUGGGCCAAGCUCGGCCUCCCAUCUCCGGCAACUCUCCUCCAAGCCGCCUGCCACGGACACCAUCACUCUGCGCAGCCCCCUGAGCGUGCCCAGCACCUACGCGUCUUCAUUCGGGAUGGUGCCCCACGCCACCAUCAAUGGCGAGCUCGCUGCCCCCAGCACCUACGUGAGCAUCCACCUCUCUCCGCAAGUCAGCGGCACGGUGAUGUACGGACGGUCCCCUCUGGUGGCUUUUGAGUCUCACCCUCACCUGAGGGCUUCCACCAUCUCCUCCUCUCUGCCGGCCAUCCCUGGGGGGAAACCCGCCUACUCCUUCCACGUGAGCGCCGAUGGGCAGAUGCAGCCAGUCCCCUUCCCUCCCGAUGCCCUUAUCGGCACCGGCAUCCCCCGGCACGCCCGCCAGCUCCACACCCUGACCCACGGCGAGGUGGUCUGCGCCGUCACCAUCAGCAACUCCACCCAGCAUGUCUACACAGGGGGCAAGGGCUGCGUGAAGGUGUGGGACGUGGGGCAGCCUGGGACCAAGUCCCCCGUGGCGCAGCUGGACUGCCUGAACCGCGACAACUACAUCCGCUCCUGCAAGCUCCUCCCGGACGGGCGCAGCCUCAUCGUGGGGGGCGAGGCCAGCACCUUGUCCAUCUGGGACCUGGCCGCGCCCACCCCCCGCAUCAAGGCGGAACUGACCUCCUCGGCGCCUGCCUGCUACGCCCUGGCCAUCAGCCCCGACGCCAAGGUCUGCUUCUCCUGCUGCAGCGACGGCAACAUCGUGGUGUGGGACCUGCAGAACCAGACGAUGGUCAGGCAGUUCCAGGGACACACGGACGGCGCCAGCUGCAUCGAUAUCUCCAACUACGGCACCAAGCUGUGGACAGGGGGGCUGGAUAACACGGUGCGGUGCUGGGACCUGCGGGAGGGGCGCCAGCUGCAGCAGCAUGACUUCAGCUCCCAGAUCUUCUCGCUGGGCUACUGUCCCUCGGGGGAGUGGCUGGCCGUCGGCAUGGAGAGCAGCAACGUGGAGAUCCUGCACGUGGCCAAGCCGGAGAAGUACCAGCUCCACCUCCACGAGAGCUGCGUCCUCUCCCUCAAAUUCGCCUCCUGCGGUAAAUGGUUCGUGAGCACAGGGAAGGACAACCUGCUGAAUGCCUGGAGGACGCCCUACGGAGCCAGCAUCUUUCAGUCCAAAGAGUCCUCGUCGGUGCUAAGCUGUGACAUCUCGAUCAAUGACAAGUUCAUCGUCACAGGCUCCGGCGACAAGAAAGCCACCGUCUACGAAGUGGUGUACUGAAGCGUGCGUGGGCGGGGGCGCUCCUCCCCCCUCUGCCUGCAAAAGCCGGCAACACUGCCUUGGAGCUGCCGGGACCGAGCUGUACCGGGACCAAAACCAGCGCUACCCAGGGCAGUCUUUCCAACCAAUCGCCGGGGCCUCAGGAUGCGACGAGCGCCAGGAGCAGGCUCCCCACCGCUUCAGCUGCCGAGCCUCGCGCCGUCGUUCCCGGCUCGGAGAUGGGCCUUGUCUGAGUGCAACGCUCCCUCCACACGCAAACAGGUGCAGGCGGAUGGAGACACGAGACGCCUCGCUUCCUUUCGGCAUUUUCCACGCUUCCUCCCUGGGCCAGGUGUGGGGGAGUUAGGACUAGCCGGGAUCUGACCCACGCGGGGGUUUGGCUGGAGAGGCAGGGCCCGAUGGGCUUCCCAGCUAGGGGACUAGCAAUGGCCGGAUCCCAAGGCCCGGAGGGGAGUUGCUACAGGUGCAAGUGAUGCUGUUAUCACUCAGUGAGCAAAGGGGCUGGGGCCUGGCCCUUCUCCCACAUUAUUGCUACUGAUUUAAUGACGCCAAUUUUCUGUUGAGAAAACAGCUGUAAUUUCUCCUCAGUAAAUAAAUGUAUUUAACAGGCUGUAGUUUCAA